UGGUGAAGCUGACGGAAGAGACAUUCUAUACAUCUGUGGGGCGGAAGCCCCUAGACUCCGUAUGGUUGGUGGAACAUUCUUCAUGCCGUGGUGUGGACCCUGUCAGGCACUGGGCCCUCAGUGGCGGAAACUGGCCAAGAUGGUGUCUGAUCUGCCGAAAGUAUUUGUGGGGGAGGUGAACUGCCAGGAGGAGCUAGAAUUGUGUCGACAGCAGGGGGUUCGCAGCUACCCCACAAUCAGACUCUACCCCUUCCAGAGCACUGGCCUCUCGACUGUGGGCAGAGAUGCCAAAUCUAUCAGGAUGUGGCUGUACAACUUCCUACCUUCUUUAGUGGGAGGAGUUUGA